AUGUUUUCCAGAUUGAGUCUGAUUCUGAUCGGCGCUGCGUACAUCUACUAUCAGGUCAACGCAUUAGAAGUCUACAUUGCUGAGCUGGAAGUGGAAAAUAACAUCACCAUGGAGACCCAGACUAUCUUGUCACUUUUGAACAUUUCAGUCGAGGUGAACGGAAGUUCUGUGAUGAUCUCAGAAAUCGAAUUGGUUUCAGAAUGCUUUCUGAUUGGAGACACAACCAGUUGCAAUUGCUCUGUCGGGUACAGUUGGAGCAACGAAGUGUGCUACAAUUCCUCAUGCUGCACCGAAACAACUUGCACACAAAACAUGUCCCACAUCGAACCACUCUGCGUUGCCAAAGUCCAAGGACUGGUCAACAUCACAGCUCCAGAGGACAGCGUGCGCUACAAGUCCAGCCCAACACUGAACUGCACAUUUGAGGGGGAAGCACACAGCACUGGCUGGAAGUUGAUCAGGGAAAACAAGCAUUUGGAUCUCACAGUUGGUAGUGUGGUGACUCUAAAAGACUGCGGUAGUUCCUGUAUUGCAAUUACUCUCAAGGAAGUGACCAGCUCCGGGUCAGGUACAUAUGAGUGUGGAUUCACUUUUGGGUCAGUCACACACACAGCCAAGGCAGAGCUGAAAGUGUCACUCCUGCCUGAAGUGAUUACCAUGAAAAUCGAUCCACCUGUAACAGACUGUUCAGUCAGCGGUAACAAAGACGUGACUGUGACUGCCACCAUCAAAAAUAGCACGGAGAGCUACAACGUUUCGUGGCAACCCCCUGGAGGGGAGAGUAGAGGACCCGACCCAGCUCAUGGAGAUAUCCUGGUCUAUUCUGUCAAACACGUUCCCGCUGCCUCGCACUCUGCCCCGCUGCCUCGCACUCACCCCCGCUGCCUCGCACUCUGCCCCGCUGCCUCGCGCUCACCCCCGCUGCCUCGCACUCUGCCUCGUUGCCUCGCACUCUGCCCCGCUGCCUCGCACUCUGCCCCGCUGCCUCGCACUCUGCCCCGCUGCCUCGCACUCUGCCCCGCUGCCUCGCACUCUGCCCCGCACUCACCCCCCCUGCCUCGCACUCUGCCCCGCUUCCUCGCACUCUGCCCCGCACUCACCCCCCCUGCCUUGCACUCUGCCUCGCACUCUGCCCCGCACUCACCCCCGCUGCCUCACGCUGCCCCGGCUGACAGACACACAGCGAGCCCGGCCGAGGUGCGCGAGGAGAGGGAGAGGUGGAGGUGCAGCUCCCGGCCGGGCUCGCGUCCAGAAUUUGGGAGCGGCACAGCUUCACACGAUCCCUUUGUCUCAUCGGAAAAAAUUUGCCCUAAAGAGGGGAUUUGGCCAAAAACCCCAAAAGGAGGUAGAGUGAUUAAUCAGUGUGACGACGGCAAGACUGGUUACAAGUCUCGUACUUGUGGUGAUGAUGGCGAGUGGCAGAUGGAGUUCUCCUCCUGCAUCAGCGAAGAGUUGAACAAAGUAAUAAAUCUAGCAGAGGUCUUCAAGACGGGCAUAGGGGCUACACAAGAAGCAGCCUUGGGGAUCUUUCAAGCACUUAAGACAACCACUUCAUCUAAUUCUAGUAAUGACACUGCUGGAAUCAGUGCUUCUAUCAGCAUCAUGAAAGUAAUGGCCACUGGAUCAGAAAGCAUCACCUUGAAGGAAGAAGUCUUAAAUGAUUUUCUUAAAGCAGCGAGCAAUUUAUUGGCCAACGACUGGACAGGAGUCAACAAAUCUGUAACAAAUGACAUGUCAUCACAAUACAUUAUCGGUGUGGAGAGUCUGGUGAAGAACAUCCAAGUGAACAACACUUUGAAUAUCUCCAAUCCAAACUUGGACUUCAAAGUCUCAAAAGGGGACUGUAAUAUCUCUGUGUUUAAUGUCACUGUUAAACUCAACGAGACUGGCGGACAGUUCAAAACUGUUGGUGUGAGAAAUCUGAUGGAUAAAUUAGAUAACAGUUUUAAACCAAAAUCAACUUCUCAGCCUGAUUUUAUACUAAUAGUCACAAAGAACGGCAGUUCGUCUACCGAGAUUACAAUGGACUUCCCCAUCAAGCAGCAGAACGACACUGAACUAUACUGUGUCUUCUGGGACACCAUUAAUGGGAGCUGGUCAGACACAGGUUGCAGACUUGAUAAAAAUCACAGUGAUAGUAAUCACACACUCUGCAAGUGCAACCACUUGACUCCAUUCUCUGUCCUCGUGUCCAAGUACGAUACAACUAAGGUCAAAGAUAAAUCUUACAGCAUCCUAGAUACCAUUACCUAUGUUGGCCUGGCAGUGUCCAUCUGCUCUCUGGUGAUCCUUCUCAUCAUUGAGGCUCUCGUGUGGUCUGUUGUAGUCAAGACUGAUCUCUCAUAUUUCCGUCACACAGCACUGGUGAACAUCGCCGUGUUCCUCUUGCUCGCUGACUGCAGUUUUUUGGCAUCUAUGUCACCUGAGAAUCUCAGUGCUGACUGGUGCUUAAUUUUGACCAUAUGCAAACACCUAUUUUAUUUGGCCAUGUUCAGCUGGAUGCUGUGCAUGAGCGUCAUGCUCAUCCACCGGCUCAUCUUUGUCUUCAGCCCGCUAAGGAAACAAGUCUUCAUGUUCCUAUCCAGUAUCGUAGGCUACGGUUGCCCAGUUCUCAUUGUGGGAUUUAGCUAUGUGUAUUGCAAAUACAACGAGAAGGACUACUAUAACAAGGACACAUGCUGGCUAAUUUUUGAUGGACCCUUGGAGGGCUCAUUGUUUGCUUUCCUUCUCCCUGUGGGAACUGUUAUUUUUACAAAUCUUUUUUCCAUGGCGGUUGUCAUUUUUACUCUGUUGAAGUCCUCCGCCCCUGAUGGCAACAAGUUGGAUGAGAAGGAGACGUUUAAGAGCAUCAUAAAAGUGGUGGUCUUUCUAACACCAGUUUUCGGAGUAACAUGGGGUAUUGGCUUCUUUCUGCAAAUGUUCGAUAAGGACGACGAGGCAUACCUUUUUCUUGAAUACAGUUUCAACAUCCUCAAUUCCUUCCAGGGCUUUUUCGUGAUGUUAACAGGGGUUUUUGCAGAGCCUAAGGUGCGUCAAGAACUGUUAAAGCGAAUGGAUAAAGGAAAAUAUGACACCAUGAAGAAUUUAACCUCAGCCUCAAACACAAAAGAAAGAUAA